GAGAGGGAGGAGGGGGUAGCGAGAGGAGGAGAGAAGCCGGCGGUCGCGGCGCACAAAGCCAAACGCUCGUCCCCGAAAUCAGCAGCGCGUCUACUCUACCCGAGCGGAGCACCAGCACGCAUCAGCGCCAACAAGACAAUGACCGCGGCAGCAGCAGCAGCUCCUGGACGCUCCUGACUCGCAAUCGACCUAACACCGUCAUAGGAACGAGGCUUUACCGCGCCAUGCCACGCCGCGAAGCCGCCGGGAUGCCACUGUCCGCGCACACUGUUUGUGCAACCAGACGGUGAGCCGCCUCCCUCACUCCCUUCUUUCGGCGAAGCUGCUGCUGCUGCUGCUCUCCGGCGCCGUGGUGCUGAAAGGGACAGCGCCGCUCCGCAUGGAUUGACUCCCGUGACCUUCCCCUUGGAUGUUUUCAUGGCUGUGGCACGGAAAAUCAAAACUUUGCUGACUGUGAACAUCCUGGUGUUCGUGGGGAUCAUCUUGUUUUCCGUGUACUGCAGAAUCCAGGACCGUUCGGAGGAGCUCGUGCAGGCGGGCAGGAACUCGGAGCAAAGGCUACGAAACAGGAACGGUAAACUUGGCGCUCUGGUCGACAAGCAAUCCAUCCUACAAAGGCUGGAGCACUUGGAGGACGUGGUCUACAACCAGCUCAAUGGACUUGCAAAACCAAUGGGUCUUGUGGAAGGCCCUGGUGGAUUGGGACAGGGAGGAGUGGCCGCUACCUUAAGGGAUGACAGCCAUGAAUCAGAGAGCAAAUAUGAGGAGUAUGGGUACAAUGCCCAGCUUAGUGAUAGGAUAUCACUGGACAGAUCCAUUCCAGACUACAGACCAAAAAAGUGCUUACAGAUGACCUACGCCAGUGAUCUCCCACAAAUUUCAGUGGUUUUUAUCUUUGUAAAUGAAGCCCUCUCAGUCAUCUUACGCUCUGUACACAGUGUGGUCAACCAUAUCCCUUCACACCUUCUGAAAGAGAUAAUUCUGGUGGAUGACAACAGUGACAGCGUUGAACUGAAGUACAAUUUGGACCAGUAUGUCAAAAAGAGGUACCCAGAGCUGGUAAAAAUUGUCCGCAACAGCAAGAGAGAAGGCCUGAUUCGAGCUAGGAUCCAGGGCUGGAGAGCAGCCACCGCCCCCAUUGUUGGCUUCUUUGAUGCUCACGUGGAGUUCAACACUGGAUGGGCUGAACCCAUCCUGACAAGAAUAAAAGAAGAUGCAAGUCGCAUUAUCCUUCCAGCCAUUGACAAUAUUAAGUACAACACCUUUGAAGUGCAGCAGUAUGCCAAUGCUGCCCAUGGCUACAACUGGGGCUUGUGGUGCAUGUACAUCAUUCCUCCUCAAGACUGGCUAGAUAAAGGAGAUGAAACAGCACCCAUCAGGACUCCAGCAAUGAUCGGUUGCUCCUUUGUGGUUGACCGGGAAUACUUUGGAAAGAUUGGCCUUCUGGAUCCCGGGAUGGAGGUGUAUGGUGGGGAAAACAUAGAGCUCGGCAUGAGGGUAUGGCAGUGUGGAGGAAGCAUGGAGGUCCUCCCAUGUGCACGAGUGGCUCACAUCGAACGCACAAAAAAGCCUUACAACAAUGACAUUGAUUACUAUGCAAAACGAAAUGCACUCCGAGCAGCCGAAGUGUGGAUGGAUGAAUAUAAAUCUCAUGUUUACAUGGCAUGGAACAUUCCUAUAAAUAACCCUGGAGUUGACUUUGGAGAUGUCUCGGACAGGAUUGCCCUGAGGAAGAAGCUACAAUGUCGUAGUUUCCAGUGGUAUCUGGAGAAAGUCUAUCCAGAGAUGAGGAUUUACAAUAAUACAAUUACUUAUGGCGAGGUCAGAAAUAGCAAGGCCAGUGGCUACUGCUUAGAUCAAGGAGCUGAGGACGAUGAUAAAGCCAUUCUUUAUCCUUGCCAUGGGAUGUCCUCCCAGCUUGCUCGAUACACCACAGAAGGACUUCUUCAGCUUGGACCACUUGGCUCCACAACUUUCCUUCCGGAUACAAAGUGUUUGAUUGAUGAUGGGAAGGGUCGGACUCCCAGUCUGAAAAAUUGUGAGAAUGUGUCCAGAUCAUCCCAGCGGUUAUGGGACUUCACUCAGAAUGGCCCAGUCAUCAGCAGGGACACAGGCCGGUGCUUGGAAGUGGAGAUGUCCAAAGACGCCAACUUUGGUUUGAGGCUGGUAGUCCAGAGGUGUUCUGGGCAAAAAUGGAUGAUCCGAAAUUGGGUAAAGCACCCAAGACAUUAGCAGAUGUGGCUUCUGCUUUUUUAUAGACUCUACCAGGCAGGUAGCCCAAGUCUUGGCAAUGUCAAUUCAGGGAAACAAGGACCUCUGCCCAAUUCAGUAGUAUCAGGGCAGCUUUUGGAAUUCAAUCAGAAGGACAAGUAACCAAAAAAAAACCAAAGGAUUCAGUGGAUGUGCUAAUCCUGCUUAUGUCAGGGUGGAAGAAAUGUGGAAAGACUCGAUUGACACUUCUGUAAGAAACUGAACACGAACCUUUCUAAAACUGUCCUGUACAAUAUGUCUGUUUCAUUGUGGUGUUACAUUAUUGGUUGACAGUACAGAUGGUGAUCGGGAAAAAGCAAUGAGAUAACAGGACCUGUAACAAAAUAAAGUUUAAAAUAGGCCGGGAGAAAGAUUGUACUGAAUGGUCCUCACGUGAAGGAAGCAAUACAUGUUUCCCAGUCAACUCUCUCAUUGCUUCUGUUAUUGAGUUUUCCAGGACCUGACAGCAGACUCUUAAGGAAGAAUUCCUUCAUAAGGAUGGCCUACUGUUACAUGCAAUGUCCCCAACAUUAUACAUUUUCAACAUUUUUAAUUUAUUUAAUUUAUUUAUUUUUUCUAAUUUUCAAUGAUUUACUGAUGCACAAAUUUUAUGAAGAUUGAUUAUGUGCCUUUUUUCACAAAUGCUUUGUUUGACCUGCUGAGGCCUAUUCCAGGAGCAUGUCUGAUUUCCUUUACCGAUGAUAAAUAUAUUAUGUAAAGAAAAAGUAAGAUGAAAGUAAUAUAUUGUAAAACUGAACAAGGCAGAUGCCUUCAAAUAAAACUCUUUUUGAUAUC